GCUACAAAAGCAGCCAACCCUAACAACAUCAACUACCCACUACCAACCAGUGAGAUCCCAAAUGCUGAAGCUUUUCUUCAAAAAAUAGGACGUAACUGCAUAGAGCAUAAAGAACAUUUCCCAAACUGGCAUUUACUGUUCAAUACCACUUCCAGACAGAUGAAAGAGAAAGGUAUUGAUGCUCAAACAAGAAAAUAUUUAUUAAGUCAAUUGGAAAAAUACAGAAAUGGUGAAAAAAUAUUGGAGAUCAAAAAGGGUAAAAAAUCAUACUUUGGUAGUGAAUACAAAAGAAAAGAAACCGUUGCUAAAAUGCAUGCUGCUGAACGUAAA